UCGAGAGUCUUGAGACUGAGACAGAGAGAUUAGUAGAGGCAGCUGAGACUAGCGCGGUUCAGUAGCGAAGAUGUUAAUUCGAACCCUGCGGAGCUCCAUCGCCGCCGUCCGAUACUUCUCGGCGGAAGCGCAUGCGGAGACGAAGGCGGCAGCCUUCACCGCAGCGAAAAGCUCGAGCAGCGUCCGAGACACUCUGGGAAGGAGACUCCUGAGCCUGGUGUUCCCAAAACGCAGCGCUGUGAUUACCAUACGGAAAUGGAAAGAAGAAGGGCACACGGUGCGCAAGUACGAGCUCAAUCGCAUCGUUCGUGAGCUUCGCAAGCUCAAGCGGUACAAGCAUGCCCUCGAGGUAUGUGAAUGGAUGACACUACAACAAGAUUUGAAGCUAGUAUCAGGUGAUUACGCCGUUCACUUAGACUUGAUUGCAAAAGUUCGGGGCAUGAAUAGUGCAGAAAAGUUUUUCGAGGAUCUUCCUCUUCAAAUGACAGACCGUGCCACCUGUACAGCUCUGCUGCAUACCUAUGUCCAGAAUAAAGUGACUGAUAAAGCGGAAGCUCUGAUAGCUAAGAUGUCAGAGUGUGGUUUCAUGAAGCAUCCCCUUGCUUAUAACCACAUGUUAUCUCUGUACAUUUCCAAUGGGCAAUUAGACAGGGUUCCAGAACUAAUUCAAGAGUUGAAGAGUAAUACGUCACCAGAUGUUGUUACUUACAAUCUAUGGUUAACCGUGUGUGCAUCACAAAAUGAUGUUGAAACUGCAGAAAGAGUUUUCCUUGAACUAAAGAAGGCAAAGAUAAAUCCUGACUGGGUCACAUGUAGCACGUUAACCAACUUGUAUAUAAAAAAUUCACUGACCGAAAAAGCAGCGGUUACCUUGAAGGAGAUGGAGAACUUGGUAUCUCAGAAAAAUCGAGUCGCAUAUUCAUCCCUGCUCAGCCUGCAUACAAACAUUGGCGAUAAGGAAGGUGUUCAGCGAAUCUGGAAAAAAGUAAAAUCAGUGUUCCCCAAAAUGAAUGAUGCUGAGUAUACAUGUAUGCUGUCUUCGCUUGUGAAACUCAAGCAGUUUGAAGAAGCUGAGAAACUCUAUACUGAAUGGGAGUCUGCUUCGGGUACUCAUGAUCCUAGGGUGUCAAAUAUACUUCUUGCAGCGUACAUCAACGAAGACCAAAUGAGAAGGGCUGAAACCUUUCAUAAUCGGAUGGUGCAAAAUGGCAUAAAGCCAUGUUACAGUACUUGGGAGCUUCUUACAUGGGGUUAUUUGAAACAAAAACAUACGGAAAAAGUGCUAGAGUAUUUCAAGAAAGCUGUUGGUAGUGUGAAGAGAUGGGAUCCUGACAAACGGUUGAUUGGGGAAGUAUUUAACAGGCUCAAGGAGGAAGGCGAUAUUCAAGGGGCUGAGGAACUGUUGGUUUUUCUUCGGAAUGCUGGUCAUGUGACCACUGAGAUAUAUAAUUCUCUUUUAAGAAUUUAUGCAGAAGCUGGUAAAAUGCCACUUAUAAUUGCAGAAAGGAUGGAGAAGGACAAUGUUCAGUUGGAUGACGAGACUCGUAAGCUCAUAAAGAUCACUAGCAAAAUGUGCGUGAGUGACAUUUCUAGCAUAUGUUCUUGAAUGUAAGUGCUUGACGAAACUUCCAGAAAACUAGUAGAAAUUAUUUCUUUUAGUUAAAGGUUUUGUAGCCAUGAUGGUAAACUCUUAUGAUUUUCAAGUUAUAUAGAUUGCAUUUGUUUUCAUGAUCA